AUGUCGCUUCCCCUGGACUUUCUCUCGGCGGCUGGACAUGAGAUUACAGCACACCCCACGCCGGAUUCGCGUGCCUUGGGAUCCCGACCUGUGUACAAAAAUGAAGUCCCAACACCACCUGUGCCUUCUCGUGAUGAUCUUAUACCCGUAUCACCCUCAUCACCACCGCUAGAACCAUCACCAAUGUCACCGUCACCCCAUCCGCCGAUUCCCCAGUUGCAAAGAGAAUAUACACGCCGCCGCCUGUUACCACCGGCCAUGACGGAUUCUCAACUGUGCAUAGAUUGGAACUCAUCACCACUUACUCCAUUUAGUUUUUUUGUGGCCCCUGAACCGUGCACAUCUCCCAAGCGAUUCUCUCGGUUCAUGGACUUGCCACUGGAAAUUCAUCGGAUAAUCUUUCAAUCUUGCGACACGCCAACGCUUUUUCAUCUCAUGCAUACAUCACUUUACACUAGAUCCGAAUGCUCAAAAUUGUUCUGGCAGUCUGGGGAUAAUGUAUGGUAUCAGCCUGAUAAUGCCUACCAAAUUUUUGACUACAAAGCCUCCCCGACCUACCACUGCCAUGAUUUCGCAUCGCGGAUCACGCAUUUGGAACUUCCUCUUCACCUCGUCGACUAUCACGUGAUGGCGAUUACAGGACGUGAAUUCUGGGAUAGGGUACAAGAGCUAUUCCCCUCGGCGCGUAAUGUGGUCCUGAGCAGCAGCAGUGAGCUGAGAGGACGGCAGCACUUUAUAAUUCGCGACCCGUCCUUGUUCACUUCCGAACUGGUGGAGCUUGCACCACCAAAUAUCACCCCCUUCGUGGCCAUGAGGCCCCCACGUGAGGACAACGAGGACGAGGAGGGUUUACGGUACAGACUUUGGCAGGUGAAAGCGCACAGCUGGAACCUCAUCCAAGACACCUGGACACCCAUGCGAGUCAUGCUUCCGCCAAAGAAAGUCCCAUGCGGUUUACUGAACGACUUUCUCAGAAGUGAUUGGCUUAUCGGUAUCGCGUUGUGCGAAAUGAGAGCCAUAAGCUGGCUAAAACUGGAAACAUAUGCGCGUUAUUCGGACAGAAGAGGAUUCGAAUGCCCAGACCCCGAGUGCAAAUCAUUGAAAUUUUACAAUUUGAAAGAAUUCAAGAAACAUAUUUUGAAAGAGUGCCGAGGAAGCCCCUUGUUUACUCGUGACCUGGACUCGGUGCUGGGCAGGACCACCCCAGAAGACUUCAAGGGCGUUCUUGACCGGGAUUUGGUGGUGUGCCAUCGAAACACCCCAGUCGAGCGCAAGGCUAUUAUUGACACGAAACAACGUCGUGUAGACAAGUUGGUGUCUAUUAGAAAUGCAUUGAAGGAUGGAUUGCGUGACCAGUACCGCAGACCAGGAGAAGCAAAACUUCAGUUCGAAGAAGCUCUCACUGCCCAAAUGAAGGAGCAUGGAUAUCUCACACCGGAUGAGCAAAUUUGGGAUGCUUACUUAUGGACUGAUUGCGAUGAAGAUCUUUUUGAAUUUGAUGAUUCGCAGUAUCCUGAUGCAAAAGACAUCGAUCCGGAGUGCCCCGAGGAAGAAUGCUUGGAUCGUGAUUAUGCUGGGGAAGAAUAUUUCGAAUACCCAAAUUAG